AUGGCAGCCCCCAAGGGUCACACUCAGUCGAGUAGCAAUAUCUUGCGAGCCACCGAUGUGCCGCCAGGAAAGUCCGGACUGCCAUAUGUCAUCUCGACGCAGGAAGGCGAGAUCAUCUACAUCCCUCUAUCAAAGUCGGCGACCCGGCUCUUGGUGACGGGCAAGGAAAGCGAGAACGCGUUCGCCAUCGUAGGAAGCAGUGGAAGCCAAAGUGAUCCCAUCGGGUUUCACUACCAUCGCGAGGCUCAUGAUGUCUUCCUAUGUCUGAAGGGAAAUGUCAACGUCUGGGCUGGGGAGAAGUGUCGUACGAUGGGUCCCGGCGACUUCGCCAGUGUGCCUCCUGGCACAAUCCAUCAAUACCAAAUCCUCGGUAACCACUCCGAAAUGGUUGGCCUCAUAAUUCCCGGCGGCUGGGAAGAAUUUUUCCGCUUCAUAGGCGAGCCAUACUCCGGACCUCUCUGGCCCCUCGACGAUCAGCGGAACCUUUUCGAGGUUCUAAUCCCAAAGCUCAAAGCGGCAGCCGAGCAAUUUGAUAUGGUGCCUUGUCCUCAGCAUAGACAAUUUGGUCCGUCACCGUGGGAGGAAGAUGAGAAUCGCUUGCCGGGGACGUUGCAGCCCUACUUCCUCAAAAAUGGUUCCGGACCGGCGUACUUGGCUGGUGGAAUGAUUUGUCGACCACUCAUCACAACUGCCGAGUCGAAUGGCAAGUUUGUAAUUGGCACCAUCGAAGGCUCUUCGCAUCAUCACGACAGCGAUCUAUUCGCAAACAGUCGGAAGCUAAAGUUUCAGAGCACACACCAUGCUUUCCAGCUUGUGGAAGGUGUCGUGGAGUUUGGCCUUGGAUCGUCACCUCCUGCGUAUCUGCAUGCCGGCGAGCUUGUCUACGUUCCUAGCGGGACUGAAGUGAGUAUCAGCAUUCGGUCGAGGUAUGCGAAGCUGUACGCUUUCUCGAGUGGCAAGGGCAUCGUGGAACUAUUGUGCAAGAUCGGAGAAGCGUGCUCCACGCCUAUACCGCCUGAGAAAGCAGCAAAUCUUGAUUUGGGCAACCUGGGCGAGCAUGGUACUGAAUUUGACUUUGAUAUCUGUUAA